AUGGCCAUCGGAGGAAUGACCUCAAGCCCGCUGCUGUCUGCGUCAGAUCCAGCGCGUGUCGCCACCAGCACUUCACCCAGAGAAAGAACCCGCUCCUCAAGGACCGCAGCUACGAUCUGGGGGGAGACCGGAGGCCACCAGCUCACGAAUAUAUUCAACCUGCUUAGGAGUUGGCCAGACAGCGGGCGGCGGAUGGCUUUGGCGCAACACAAAAUGCCCCCUUGGCGUGUUCUCUGCUGGCUUGAACAAUUUUUACGGCGGGUUCAGUUUUGGCCAUUGCAGCACGUCCAAGGUCAUCGUCGAGCAACUUGCUUCCCGAUUCACUAGCUGACAGCGGAAAGAUGCAGUACAAUGGUUGAUACUGGAGGCUCCCGUCCCCACCAAAGGCCUCAGACGCCCAAUGGCAGUGGCGCCUUAGCUCUUAUUGGUGACUCCAGCAGUAGCGCCUUCGUACCGGAUAUCAGCUCCCUGGACAAGUCUCUCCGGCACUGCUUCCCUACGGGACUAGCUGGCUAUCACAAUGCAUCGGAGAAAAUUCUAGUGACUGUCAAAAGUUAAGCUACCGCAUGAGCUAGCAUGCAAGACAGUGACAUAAUUGUGUUGGUCAGUUGUGGUGUUUCUCAGGUAGAUAAGCUAUGGGAGAAAUCAGGGCCGAAAAGCAAACUGUAAUUAGUGGCUCUAAAAGCCCUCUUUUUCAAAGAUGGAAUUUUGUGGUACCUGAGUGGAAAUUAUGGUAUUUGCUACGGAAUUCUUACGUUAUAGACAACUGAUUCAUUUUCAGUUUGUACUGAAUCCUUUGGUGAACAAUAGAACAAUAUAUGUUUGCGCAAA